AUGGAAUCCAUGCCAGUAAUUGCUGAAGGUAACUCCUACAUGAAUUUGAAUAAUGUCUUGAUGUUAACUGGAACCAACUAUAGAGCUUGGCUAGACUCAGUAGAAAACUACAUGGGAAUGCAUGAAAAUAUAGACUAUUGCUUCACUGAGGAUAAGCCUGCAGAUUUUAGUCAUCUUAGAACCAGUUACAAUUCACAAAAGGGAAACUGGACUUCAGAUGAACUUAUAUCCAUCUGUGUGGAUGAGGAAGCUAGGAUCAAGGAAGAAAAGGAACCUGCUACAGCCAUAAAUCUCAUAGAGAAGCCUAAGAAGAAAAAGCCCCAGAAUAAGCUCAAGCCUACCAAAGCCAUAACUAAGAGUUCAACAGCUCCAGUGGCCAAGGAAAAUAGGCCAUUUAGGUUCAAGUGCUACUUUUGUAAAAGAGUAGGUCACAUGAAAAAGGACUGCACUGACUAUAAAAAUUGGUUAGCCAAAAAGGGGAUUCAUAAGGAGGAGAAUCCCAAAAAGUGAUGAAGUGAACCUGUGUGUAGGCAAUGGCAUGAGAGUGGCAGUCAAGGCUAUUGGAAUCUUAAAGCUCGAUUUAGGAUUAGGAAAAUUGUUAGUUUUGGACAAUGUUUUUUAUGUACCUUCCAUGAGAAGGAAUUUGGUUUCAGUUUCUCUUUUAGUAAA